AUGGGUGAAGAGAUGACCGAAGUUCGAGGUGCGCGGCUACGUGGCCGUCCGGUGUCGAAAGGAGGUCGCAAGAAGCUCCCUAAGAAGUUUGUGUACGCGUAUGCCACCUACAAGAAACGACAGGACGUGAUUGAAUCCUUCGACGCUGUGGGCAUGGCAUCGACACUGGACAAGCACUUCCAUCACCUGCAUGGGGUUCAACGUGAGACAGCAAGGAAGAAAGUGUAUGCAUGGACGAAACAGUGCGAGCACAUCAAGGCAAAGGCGCUCAAUCCACGGACUGCACACCACAAGUGCUCUCGCGAACUUGGCAUGGGCACAACACUUCCCCGGGGGAAGCGGAAGAGCGACUGGCGUGGUGGGUGGUAUCAAUGCGAAAGGAUGGGGUGCCAGUGA